AAAAAAAACAACCAAAAAUAGAGAAAGUAGAGCGAGAGAGAAAGCGAGUGUCUCACUCUCUCGUACAAAAAAUACACAAACGCACACACUAAUCUCCCUCAGAUCAGAUCGCGAAAGACCGAAGCUCCAAACCCUAACUACGUAAUUCUGGCUCGAAUUUGCAGUUUCCUUCAGAUCCACUCUCUGUGUUGAUACAAAUCAUAUAUAUAUAUAGAGAUAUAAAUACGCGUAUUUGGAUUUGGAUUUGAGGGUACGGGCAAAUGGCGUGUAUAAAGGGGGUAAGUAGAUCGGCGUCCGUGGCGCUUGCGCCGGAUGCGCCGUACGUGGCGGCGGGGACGAUGGCGGGGGCGGUGGAUCUGUCUUUCAGCUCGUCAGCGAGCCUCGAGAUCUUCAAGCUCGAUUUCCAGUCCGAAGAUCGGGAAUUGCCGCUCGCUGGCGAGGCACCGAGCUCCGAGCGCUUCAACCGCCUUUCAUGGGGGAGGGCCGCGGGAGGAUCCGCCUCCGAGCAGUUCUCGCUCGGCCUCGUCGCCGGAGGACUUGUUGACGGGACCAUCGAUAUCUGGAACCCCCUCGCUCUGAUCCGUCCCGAAGCAAAUGAAAACGCUCUUGUUAGCCAUCUCUCAAGGCAUAGAGGGCCGGUUCGUGGUCUUGAAUUUAAUGCCAUUGCACCAAACCUGCUUGGAUCUGGGGCUGAUGAUGGUGAAAUUUGCAUAUGGGACAUGGCAAAUCCUGCUGAACCUUCUCAUUUUCCACCCCUCAGGGGUAGCGGUUCUGCUUCUCAGGGAGAAAUUUCGUUCUUAUCUUGGAAUAGCAAGGUUCAACAUAUAUUGGCGUCUACGUCAUACAAUGGGACAACUGUGGUUUGGGACCUAAAGAAGCAAAAACCAGUAAUUAGCUUUUCAGAUUCAGUUAGAAGGCGGUGCUCUGUUUUGCAGUGGAAUCCUGAUGUUGCAACUCAGCUUGUGGUUGCGUCGGACGAAGAUAGUUCACCUUCUGUGAGGUUAUGGGAUAUGCGGAAUACAAUGUCACCAGUUAGGGAGUUCACUGGGCAUACUAAAGGUGUAAUUGCGAUGGCGUGGUGUCCCAUUGACAGUUCCUAUUUGAUUACUUGUGCCAAAGAUAGUCGAACCAUUUGCUGGGACACUGUUUCUGGAGAGAUUGUCUGUGAAUUGCCUGCUGGCAACAACUGGAAUUUUGAUGUACACUGGUAUCCGAAGAUACCUGGGGUCAUAUCAGCAUCUUCAUUUGAUGGAAAAGUUGGCUUUUAUAACAUUGAGGGUUGCAGUCGCUACAGUGUUGGAGAGAAUGAGUUUGGUUCAGCUCCUCUGAGGGCUCCAAAAUGGUAUAAACGUCCUGUUGGGGCGUCUUUUGGCUUUGGUGGCAAGCUAAUGUGUUUUCGCCCUAGGCCCUCUGCUGCAGGUGUCCCAGCUGGUGGUUCGGAGGUUUAUGCGCAUAACUUAGUUACUGAAGACAGUUUGUUUAGUCGAUCAUCUGAAUUUGAAGCUGCGAUACAAAAUGGGGAAAGGUCUUUGUUGAGGGUACUUUGUGAUAAAAAAUCACAAGAGUCUGAAUCUGAGGAUGACUCUGAAACAUGGAGCUUCUUGAAGGUUAUGUUUGAGGAUGAUGGGACAGCAAGGACAAAGCUGCUUGCCCACCUAGGUUUCAGUAUACCUACGAAAGAAAAAGAUAUUGUUGAAGAUACUCUUUCUCAGGAAGUAAAUGCACUUGGGCUUGAGGAUACUGUAGCUGAGACAGUUGGAUAUGGGGGUGAUAAAGAAGCCACCAUUUUCCCUACAGAUAAUGGGGAAGAUUUCUUUAACAAUCUUCCCAGCCCCAAGGCUGAUACACCUUUGUCAACCUCUCAUGAUAAGUUUGCUAUUGGGGAUGCUGUGCAUGGUUCAGAACCAUUGCAGCAAGAACCGGAUGAAAUUGACCAGAGUGCUGACCCAGCAUUUGAUGAUGGUGUCCAACAUGCUUUAAUUGUUGGAGAUUACAAGGGGGCAGUUGCACAGUGCAUAUCUGCGAAUAAAGUGGCCGAUGCUUUAGUUAUUGCUCACGUUGGUGGUGCAUCCUUGUGGGAGAGCACACGUGAUCAAUACUUUAGGAUGAGCCGUUCACCUUACCUCAAGGUUGUUUCUGCUAUGGUGAACAAUGAUCUCUUGAGCAUUGUAAAUACCAGACCCCUGAAAUCCUGGAAAGAAACACUUGCUCUUCUCUGUAGUUUUGCACAGAGAGAGGAAUGGACCACACUAUGUGACAUACUUGCUGCUAAACUCAUGGCUGCGGGUAACACUUUGGCUGCUACUCUUUGUUAUAUCUGUGCUGGAAAUAUUGAUAAAACUGUGGAAAUUUGGUCAAGGAGUCUUCAAACUGAGCAUGAUGGGAAAUCCUAUGUUGAUCUUCUUCAGGAUUUGAUGGAAAAGACUAUUGUGCUUGCCUUGGCAACUGGGCAAAAACGAUUCAGUGCAUCUUUGUGUAAGCUUGUUGAGAAAUAUGCUGAAAUUUUAGCAAGUCAAGGGCUUUUAACAGCAGCAUUGGAGUACCUUAAACUUUUGGGUUCUGAUGAUUUGUCACCUGAACUUGUGAUCUUAAGGGAUCAUAUUGCAUUCUCUGCAGAACCUGAGAAAGAAGCUAGCGCAAUGGCUUUUGAUAACUCUCAAACACAAACUGGAGCAGUAUAUGGUGUUGAUCAAUCCAAUUUUGGCUUGGUUGAUGCCUCUCAACCAUAUUAUCAGGAAACAGCACCAUCACAUAUGCAGCCAAGUGUUCCUAGCAGUCCAUAUGGUGGAAAUUAUCAAUAUCCAUCUAGUUCUUAUGCCGGAGCACAUGGUGCCCCGGCCCCGUAUCAGGCACCAAAUAUAUUCCUUCCAUCCCAGGCACCUAUUCAGGCGAAUUUUCCCGCACCUCCCGUCACCGCUCAACCCAUUGCAAGGUCCUUUAUUCCUGCAACUCCUCCUGCACUGAAAAAUGCAGUGCAAUAUCAGCAGCCAACAUUGGGCUCUCAGUUGUAUCCUGGAACCACUAACCCUACAUAUCAACCUAUGCCAACUGGGACUGGUUCAGCUGUCCCUCUUACAUCACAACCAGGCUCAGUUCCUGGUCAUACAAUGCCACAGGUUGUAGCUCCCACCCCACCCCAAAAGGGAUUUAUGGCAGUUAAUUCAGGGGUUCAAAGACCUGGGACGGGUCCAAUGCAACCGCCAAGUCCUACGCAGGCAGCAUCAGCACAACCCGCUGUCUCACCUGCAGCUCCACCACCUACAGUACAGACAGUUGAUACUUCAAAUGUACCAGUCCAUCAAAAACCUGUCAUCGCAACAUUGACAAGGCUUUUCAAUGAGACGGCAGAAGCGCUGGGAGGUUUACGUGCAAAUCCAGCUAAAAAGCGUGAAAUAGAAGACAAUUCUAGGAAGUUAGGUGCCUUGUUUGCAAAACUCAAUAGUGGGGACAUAUCAAAGAAUGCUGCCGAAAAGCUUGUUCAGCUCUGCCAGGCUUUGGACAAUGGUGAUUUCAGUACUGCCCUUCAAAUCCAGGUACUACUUACCACUAGUGAAUGGGAUGAGUGCAACUUCUGGCUAGCUACACUAAAGCGAAUGAUCAAGACAAGGCAGAAUGUGAGAUUGAGCUAAAGAAGGUGAAACUACCUUGGCCAGUGAUCUAUCCUUUCUUCAAUGUACACAAGAAUGGCUUCUUUGGGUGAUAUUUUUGGAAGCAUUUAGUGGAGUUACUUCUCAGGACAUUGACGGACUUUUGCUGAUUAGUGGAGUUUUUUUUUUUUUUUUUUUUUUUUUGAGUUUUAAUUUUAUAGAUAUUUUACCUUUCCUUUUUGCCUGUUCAAAGUUUUCUAGUGAGCUGCUUAAAAGUUCUCUGUUGCCCAGGGUCAUUUUUUUCUUUUUGGCAAUUGAUCUGUACGUACAACCCUUGUGAUUUUAUCAUUAAUAUGAAUGCAAAAAUUUGAAUAAUAUAACAAAGAUUCAUUGAGAUUUUUAAUUUCAUUGUUA